AUGAUGUUGUUGCAGACCUUCCAGACCACCGCCCUCACAACCCCAGCCGCAGCCACCUCCAACACCGCCCCCGCAACCUCAGCUGCAGCCGCCUUCACAACCGCUCCCGCAACCUCAGCUGCAGCCGCCUUCACCACCUCCCCAACAACCUCAGCCACAGCCACCUCCACCACCGCCCCCACAACCUCAGCAGCAGCCACCUCCACCACCGCCCCCACAACCUCAGCCGCAGCCACCUCCACCACCGCCCCCACAACCCCAGCCGCAGCCACCUCCACCACCGCCUCCGCAACCUCAGCUGCAGUCGCCUUCACCACCGCCCCCACAACCUCAGCCGCAGCCACCUCCACCACCGCCUCCGCAACCUCAGCUGCAGCCGCCUUCACCACCUCCCCAACAACCUCAGCCACAGCCACCUUCAUCACCGCCACCACAACCUUAGCCGCAGCCACUUCCACUACCGCCCACACAACCUCAGCCGCAGCCACCUCCACCACCACCUCCACAACCUCAGCUGCAGCCGCCUUCACCACCUCCCCAACAACCUCAGCCACAGCCACCUCCACCACCGCCCCCACAACCUCAGCAGCAGCCACCUCCACCACCGCCCCCACAACCUCAGCCGCAGCCACCUCCACCACCGCCCCCACAACCUCAGCCGCAGCCACCUCCACACCGCCCCCACAACCCCAGGCACAGCCACCUCCACCACCGCCUCCGCAACCUCAGCUGCAGUCGCCUUCACCACCUCCCCAACAACCUCAGCUGCAGCCGCCUUCACCACCUCCCCAACAACCUCAGCCACAGCCACCUCCACCACCGCCCCCACAACCUCAGCAGCAGCCACCUCCACCACCGCCCCCACAUCCUCAGCCGCAGCCACCUCCAACACCGCCCCCACAACCCCAGCCGCAGCCACCUCCACCACCGCCUCCAUAUGACUUGAAUUUUGCCAUAAAUGUCGAUGCUUCCCACCAGAGGUUAGCAAUUGCAUUAGAACAGGGGGAUUGGAGAGGACUGGGAACAACAGCAGGGAAUUCCAUGACCUAG